UUGGUCGAGGUUUACCUGCUGCUAAUGGCAAAUCAGGUGAUGCCGGACAGAUUCCUUACAAUGGAGCCCCAGUGGUUCCUGCUGGGAUAGAUGGUAUGAGCCACUUUGAGCCUCAGGCAGCUGGCUUUGGUCCAAGUCUGUACGGUGGAAUGGACAGCUUGCCUUUCGGUGGUCAGACCCUGGGAAUGGGUGCCGAGAAGUCAAACACAAAGUACGGUAUUGGUGGAUUACAGUUUGGUGGAAAACCCCUCAGUAUGGGGAUUAAUGGAGCAGGACAUUAUGGUUAUGGUGGAAACCCUUAUGGUCCUGCUGGUGAUGGCAAAUCAUCUGGAAAAUAUGGUGGUCUUGGUGCCAGUGGAGAUCCUGCACCUGGAAAAUAUGGAUAUGGUGGGUUCCCCAGUGGGGGACAGCUUCUUGGUGCUAAUGGAAAUACAGCCAGCAAAUACGGUCAUGGAAGAAUGCUUUACGAAGCUCAACCAGCUGGUCUCAGUCCUGAAGCCAAAUCUGCUGGCAAAUCUGGCCUGGCUGGGUCACCAUAUCAGCCUGAACCUCUUGGACUUACACAGAAUGGAAAAUUAACAGGGAACUAUGCUGGUGGUGAAGUUCCCUAUGCACCGCAACCACUUAGUUUUGGGACUGAAGCAAAGUCUUCUGGGAAAUAUGACAACCAGGGAUCAUACCAGUCACAGCCCCUUGAAUCUACAUCUGAGGGCAGACCUGAUGGGGAAUAUGAUACAGUUGUUUUACCUUAUGAGUCCCUGUCCCUUGAGCUAGAUUCAGCUGGAAAAUCCUUUGUGAGGGGAGAGGUACCAACUCCGGCAACUGCGGUCGAAGGCGAGGGGAUGUCCAUUGAUAGAUAUGAAAAUGUGGGCUAUAUAAACGGACAAGUGCAGCCAGAAGUGGUUGCAUUUCCCGCAGCUCCCGCUCCCAGCCCCGCCCAGGCCUACCCCUCGGUCCCGUCCUAUCUGCCUGUGGAUUCCUCCUUCUCACUUGAUGUGGUACCUGGAGCGGGUACAGGUGACCUGCCCGACCCUGUGGGCACUGCCAGCCUUGCCCUUGACUCCAUACCUGCUUCAGAAACACAGGGCGUGCCAGAGCACCCUGAUGACCUGCUUCAGCAGCAGCUUCCACGUCAGAUACACAUUCAGCAGCAUCUCAAACUUCAUUUUCACCACCAAGGAGCAAAGAAUGGCAAAUAUGAUUUAAAUGGCUUCUUUGGAAAUAGUGGAUAUCAAGGUUAA